AUGGCUCGGAUGACUGCAGUGGCCAUGCUGCUGCCAGGGCUGCUGCUCGCCCUCCUCGCUGCUGCCAUCGCUUCCAUUGCUGUCGUCCGCAUCAUCAUGCCACUUGGAAGGGAAUGUGCAAUUCAUCUGCUCGUGCUGUAUUCUGCACUCGCUACUCUUGGAUCACUGCUGUGGGGAAUGGGCGUGACCCACACGCAAGUCAGAGCAUGGGUGCAUCAGCAGGGCUUGGCUGUGACGGCUGGGCUGAUGAAGCUGAAGAGUGCAAGCAAGCGCCUCCUGCAACCUGGAAUGUUCUCUCUGCUGCACAGCCUCAGGAAGCGAGCUUUUUCUGGGGUGCAGAAAGUGAGCGAGGCUGUUGGGACUAUCGCUGCGAGGAUGGCCGGAACAGCUGAGUUGAGUGAGGCGAUGGAGAUGAAAAUGAGGGCGUUUACCAUGCAGCUGGAAGAGACACGGAGGGAAUUGGAGGGGGCUGAGAGGCGACGACUGGCGGAGAUGAGUGAGAUGAGAAGGCAGGUGGAAGAGAAGGCAGACCAGAUGGCUGUAGAAUUGGGUGGGCACAAGCAGUCCACUAGAGUGCAGUUGGAGGAGAGGGAAAGGGAACUGGCUGCAAUGCAGGAGCAGGUGAAUGCAGUGAGGGGGGAGGUGACUACAGUGCAGGGCGAGGUGAAUGCAGUUAGGGAGGAGGUGAUAGCAGCGAAAGGGGAGAUGGCUGAGCAGAAGCAGUCAACCACAUUGCAGUUUGAGGAGGCUGAGAGGAGACGAGUGGCGGAGAUGAGAGGGCAGGUGGAGGAGAGGGAGAGGGAGCUGGCAGCAGUGAAGGGGGAGCUGGCUGCAUUGAGGGGGGAGCUGGUCGAACAGAAUGUUCUCAUGAAGUUGGAUGUUGACCUGCAGAUCAGGCAGAGUGAAGGCAAUCAGAAGACAGCAUGGGAGCGAAUCAAAUCAGCAUCAUGA